CUGGGCCAGAGAGAAAAUGUGUCCAACAGUCACAUCCCACAACGAGUGUGAGGCUGCAAGACACUUUCAACAACAGUAUAAAAUGAAGGCGGGCGUUUUAUUCUUUCUUAGUGUGCUGUGUCACGUAAAUGGAGGAAGUGAAUUAGAGGUUGACUUGAAGAAAACUAAAGUAUAUGGACCAGGCUUACAACCAGAUCAAAUUGUGUACCCAGUACGAUAUUUCUUCAUAGAGUUGUAUGAUAUAGAAGGCAACAGAAUCCAAAAAUCUGUUGGGAAUUCCAUUACUGUGCAGAUAGAAGGAGAGACCAGUCAUGGAAUAUACUGUCGAAAAUGGACACAAGUUCUUGAUCGAUUUGAUGGAUCAUAUAUUGCCAGAUAUCGCACCUACCAGACGUGUAGAGACCUAACUAUUCAUAUCUUGUACAAUAAUCAACAUGUUGCAGAGUCUCCAUAUAAAAUUUUACAUCCUGUCUAUUCUGAAGACUGUUAUUGUCCAGUGGGAGACAUCGUUAAAUGGCAGGAACUGGCUGGGUGUCCAUCUUCCUAUCCACAAAUUAAUCAAGAUCUCAAAAAUUUCCAUGAUGUGGAUUUUGAAAUUGUUCUCAAAGAAGCUAUUAAAAGAUUCAACCAAGCAGGGUCUCGAAGCUUUUGUAACUAUGUAAUAAAAGAUGACAAAGUUUAUCGUAAGUGCUAUGGUCAGCACGUUGGUUUCAAUAUGUUCAUGGACAACAUUCUUCAUUCCUUGCUCAGAAAGAUGUCCAUACCUGAUGUUGAGUUUAUCAUCAAUUUGGGUGAUUGGCCACUUGUAAAUCCAAAGCUGAAGCCACUUAUACCCAUCUUCUCAUGGUGUGGUUCUGAAGACACUGCAGACAUUGUUAUGCCCACCUAUGACAUCACCGAGGCUACAUUAGAGAUGAUGGGCAGAGUCAGUCUCGACAUAUUGUCUGUCCAGUCCAACAAUGACAUACCUUGGGAGCAGAAGAAGUCACAGGCAUUCUGGCGAGGCCGUGAUUCACGUCAGGAAAGGCUUGAUCUUAUCACUUUAGCAAGGAAACAUGAGCAUCUAAUAAAUGCUUCACUUACCAACUUUUUCUUUUUUAAAGAUCAAGAAGUUGAAUAUGGACCUAAGGAGAAACAUAUCUCAUUUUUUAAAUUCUUUGAUUACAAAUACCAGAUCAACAUUGAUGGUACAGUGGCAGCAUAUCGUCUGCCAUAUCUGCUGGGUGGGAGCAGUGUGGUGUUGAAGCAAGACUCGCCUUACUAUGAAUUCUUUUAUAAUGACCUUGAGCCUUAUGUUCACUUCAUUCCUUUUAAGAGGGAUCUCUCUAACCUGAUUGAAAAGAUUGAGUGGGCAAGGACUAAUGACAAGAAGGCACAAGCAAUUGCACAAAAUGGAAGGCAGUAUGUGCAGGAAAAUCUCAUGCCAAAAGAUGUGUAUUGCUAUCAUGUUACCUUACUCCAGGAAUGGAGCACACGGAUUAAAUCUAAGGUGGAUGUGCGGGAAGGUAUGGAAUUUAUACCGAUCAAAGAAAAUGAGAAGCGAUUUGGGGACUGUAAGUGCCAUCGCCUUAAUCGACAUGAUGAACUUUAAAUCAGAAGGUUUUACGUAAUGUGUAAUUUUUUCUAAUUACUGAGCUCCAAAUUUAUUUUAAUAUUGUAAGCAACACUGAUGAAUAAUCAUAUAUUCUUAUGGACAACAAAUCUUGCACUAAUGUGAAUUUGUGAUUCCAAAUUCAAAUAUUGUUAAUCUUUUUCCAUUUGUUUUUAAAAUUUAAUAUGCAUGAUCAUUUUGACUUGCACAGUAGGUACUCUUCUUAUAUCCUUAUGAACAAUUUUCAAGAGUGUAUUUGUAAAUUGUUUGGAAUUCAGAGCCCUAGUCCAUAGACAUCCAUGUUAUGAUCAGAGGUGGAUUCUUACCAACUGGUCGGUAUUGCAUACUAUUUUGAUAUUCAUUUCUGACCUAUAAUUUUCCGUACUCUAAAUUGAUUUUUUAAUGAAAUUAAAAACAUUGUACAAUAUAGUACUCGAUCACUUUCCCUCCCCUCCCUCUGACAAUGCUCACCACUUCCUCCAUGGCAUUACAGCCCUACACCAUAUUCCACCUUCUUACUGUACUACAUUAAAACAUACUCCACUAUCACACUGUUCCACCACCCACUCAGCAUGCUUCACAAUCCUACAUUACUCCAUUCUUCACAAAUAACCCACAUCUAGGAGAGAGACAUUUUACUCGUAUAACUAUCUGUUGUCCUAAGUUUUUUUCCAGGCAAGUUUUGCCCUAUGCCCAUAGGUCUCCUAUGUUCUCUUGAUCUAACAUAUUACUACACAUUAAUUCUGCUGUUAGAACCAUUAUAAUCAUAACUAGGUACUAAACCCACAAGGGUCAGACAGUAGUACCACCAUUACAACUUAAUUCUGCUAUUACCUACUUCCUUCUCCCAUCCUAUCUGGCCUGUUUUUUUUCUUCUUGCUCAUUUCUGAUUUGACAGUGGUACAGGAUGGGCCAAAACUUAAGUUUCCUUGACUAAGUGCAGAUUAUUAUUAUUAUUUUUUUUUUUUUUCACUUUUUGUGUGUGGUGGUAUGACUUCUCUGCUCCACUAUUCACACUACUCUGGCAUAGUAAAAAUGAAUUUGGUGAAAAAUAGCCAAGAAAACUACAAAAAAUAAUUUAAGAGUAUUUUCCAUAACUGAAGAGUAGCAGUCAUGUAAUUAAUUGGUUCUAAAGUGCAAGUAUUGUAAGUAGGGGACCUACUAUAGAUUGCAUUGCCAGUCUUAACUUGCAAAUAAUUAAAGUUGUCCAUAAAAUAUCUAAAUCUUUGUUCAAUAAACAAUCUUCCCAGCAAUUUGAUUAGAAAUGUUGUAAGUGGUGUACUUCUACUCUCUAGUAAAUGAUUUAUGUGGUGUUGUAUUUCAUUAUAUUGUUUUAUAAUCAAGAGCUGAUCAAACAGACUGCUUUAGGAACAGAUCUUUUAAGAUAUACACAUUAAUUUUGAAAAUAAAUAAAUAAAUGGCAGUUUACUUAACCUUGCUCAAAUUAACAUUUUAUGGCUCAUCCUACCAAAUCUAGCUUUAUUAUCUAUAAAAUGUAUUAUACUCAAAUUAUUUUUGUAGUUACUAUAUUGUAUCAGUGACUUUACACUCUUGCUUGUUAGUACAAUUAUUGUUCAUUAUUUAUGUUAAGUUACAAGCUCUAACCAAAAAGCCCAACAUGUAUAUACUGUAGAUAUGGUGCUGUACAGGAUGUGGACAUGUAUACAUUUUGCACCCUAUUAAAAAAAAGUUUUUGUUUA